AAGCCCGCCCAGUCUGUGUUGGAGGACAGCUGCACUCGCAGGAGCCAAAAGGAAAAACCGCACAAUGCAAGAACCGCACAAAACCAGCCGACCUCGAAGCAGCAACUAAUCCACUUUCCGAACCGAGCCCGAGCAGACCAUGGCCUGAGGACCGUCGUGGGAAAUCCGUGCCGAAGUGUCGGACUCUGCUGCCGCUGCCUGGAAGUUUUUUGCUUGUUUCCCAGUCGGGGGGGCCGACGGUGGCGGCGGCGGAGGCUCCUCUCCCCCCGGAGCGGUGUCCCGGUCUACCGAGCCCCAUGCAAAAUCUAACUGCCCUUGCUGGUUCCGACAAGUCCAAUGCCACCUGCUCCUGCAACUGUAGCUCUUCCCAGCCACAGGGAAUGGACGUAUCUGAAGUGGAGUUUGUUCAGAUUGUGGUGAUCAUUGUGGUGAUGACGGUGAUGGUGGUGGUCAUCGUCUGCUUGCUCAACCACUACAAGCUCUCCAUCUUCAUCACCAGGCAGAGCCACGCCCGCCGCCACCACCGUGCCCUGCAGCAGGAUGGAUGUCUGUGGCCGUCAGACAGCAACUGUGGACAAGGAGCCUCUGAGGCCAGGGAUCGCUACACCGCUCCUGCCUUCAUUCACCGAGACCGCUUCAGCCGCUUCCAGCCCACCUACCCGUACCUGCAGCACCAGAUCGACCUGCCACCCACCAUCUCGCUGUCGGACGGCGAGGAGCCCCCACCGUACCAGGGUCCCUGCACCUUGCAGCUUCGCGACCCCGAGCAGCAGAUGGAACUCAACAGAGAGUCGGUCAGGGCGCCGCCGAACCGGACCAUCUACCACAGCGACUUGAUCGACAUUGGGGCUGGCGGGGGCUCUGGAGGUCCGAGGCCGCCGAGCAGUAACUCCGGCAUUAGUGUAGCCAACUCCAGCAGUCACGGGCGCAUGGAGGGGCCCCCGCCCGCGUACAGCGAGGUGAUUAGCCAAUACCCCGGCUCAACCUUCUUUCUACACCAGCAAAGCAAUAACCAGAGAGUUGGGGGCUGCGGGGGGCCUGAGAGCAGGACGAUCCGGCAGCAGAACCAGUCCGAAAGCACAAUAGUACCUGCCGAGGCGAAGGCCGGCCAACCUGAGGAUCUGGUGUGAGGAAAAGAGCACGUGGGACCACCCAAAGAACUCUUGACCUUGGUCUUACCUUGGUCUCUCUCGCUGUCCCUCGUCCCCCAUGCACAAAUUAGCAACAACAAAUCAAGGAAAGACUCUCUCAUUCACCUUCUGAUGUCCUGCAGGAUUACGCGCUGCCUGAAGUGCAUGAAGACUUGAUCCUCAUUGGGGGAAACUUUGUCCCCCCCCGGACUUUUUGGACAGGGUCUGUGCACAAAGCCAGGGCCUCAGUGGAUGGCAAACACGCUCGGUGCCAAGGGAGAGGAACGGUUCAGAAGUGAUCUAAAAGUUGCACUAUCUUUUUGUCGUAACCGAACAAGGGAAAUGUUUCAUUCAGUUUUCUGUUUGGCCAAUGGACUCGAGCCCCAAAUGCAUUUAGGGAGCAAAGAACAAGCAUUGUAAGCGUAAGUCUUUGUCACGGUAAAGAAAUACUCCAACCCAGCCUACCAUGUGACGGGUCGUCCCCUGGCCUGAUGGUUGGAACCUCAUCUGCCUCACAACACUUGCUGUGUGACCAACCAGCCCGCAUUCUAACUAGCCGAGAACUCCUUAGCACGGGGGUGUCCAAAGUGCGACCCGCAGCUUGCUGUUUAUUGGCCCAUGGCAUGCAUAAUGUAUGAAUCAUGAAUGUGAUCUUUUUCAUGUACAAAAUGUGUCCUUUCAUUUGUCCGUCUGCGGACACCCCUGCCUUACAACACCACAAUCCUGGUGUGGGUCACCCAACUCUUAUCGUGAGGACAAAUACCGUCAAUAAAUCAAUACAUCUUAGGUCGUGCUUGGGCCCCCACCCUAAAGUCCACCACAUUCGGGUAGCGUGCGUGCUCUUGAUCCGUGCCCAAGUUCCCUACGCUUCCCGUCCUCUGGCGUGACACGUGCGCACGCUCGGCAUAGCUGCAUUGCAAUCGCUCCUCUGCAGUCACUUUUCAUAAACCUUCAUAAUAGAAAGCUUCCAAAUGAGUCCGCCCUCCCCAAUGCGGUGGAUCCUUACUAUUCACAUUCGCAACCCCGCAAAUUUGAACAUUUUCCAUCCAUCCAUCUUCCUUCGCUUAUCCAAGUUUGGGUCGCGGGGGCAGCAGCCUAAGCUGAGAAGCCCAGACUUCCCUCUCCCCUGCUUCUUCGUCCAGCUCCUCCUAGUGGAUCCUGAGGUGUUCCCAGGCCAGUUGAGAGACGCAGUCUCUUCAACGUGUCUCAGGUCUUCCCCGAGGCCUCCUACCAGUCAGACGUGCCCUGAACACCUCCCCAGGGAGGCAUCCGGGAGGCAUCCUGACCAGAUGCCCGAGCCACCUCAUGUGGCUCCUCUCAAUGCGGAGGAGCAGCGCUUCUACUCUGAGUUUCUCCUGGAUGACAGUGCUUCUCCCCUUAUCUCUAAGUGAGAGCCCAGACACCCUACGGAGAAAACUCAUCUCGACCGCUUGUACCCGCCAUCUUGUCCUUUGAGUCACUACCCAAAGCUCAUGACCAUAGGUGAGGGUAGGAACGUAGAUCCACCGCUCGAUCGAGAGAUUUUCCUUUUGGUUCAGCGGACCGAUGCAGAGUCCACAUCACUGCAGAACCUUCCCUCACUCGUGAACAAGACCUCGAGUCCACCUGGGGCAGGACCUCACUCCCAACCCCCGGGUGCAAUCCACCCUUUUCCGACUGAGAACCAUGGCCUCGGGCUUGGAGGUGCUGAGUCUCAUCCCGGAUGAGGCCAUCAGGACAACAUCGUCUACAAUUAGCAGAGACGAAAUCCUAGGGCCCCCAAACUGGACUGCUAGAAAUUUUAUCCAUGAAAAUUAUGAACAGAAUCCUUGCAUAUUAGAACAUCUUUUGCCAAAACAUUUGUAUUUGUGAGGAAACCCGCCAUUUUGUGCUUUAUUUUACAUUGAUUUGCUCUACGUGGGCAAAACUCACCAACCCAAAUGCCUAUGCGGGUAUCGCUUACGCACUAAUUUACAUGGAAAACAAUACCAUUUUUUACUCACGUAUAACCCACAAGGCAUGCUGGGAAGUUACCCAGCAUGCCUUGCCGGUAACCUCACUUGGUCGUCAUUCCCCGUCUCUCUCCCCCCUGAACACACAUACUACACAUACGCAUCCCAAAUGUAACUCUGGAGGAGCGAUCGCAUUAGCGUUCCGAGGGAUUAGUCUACAUGGGGUUGAAGUGAAAGGGCUGAGGAGGGUUUAGAAAUUCUAGCCUUGGUCUCUGCUCGUUGUUGCCGUCUCCUCCACUCUGCUUUGUCUCUUCUUUCCAGCUUGCUUCCAUCGGAUACCCGACCAGCCCCCACACAGCGCUAACGUCCGUGUGCUGGAUAACGCCGAAUCAGCCAAACCCCUCGAAUGCAAGCAGAGACUGUAUCUCAAAAGCGCCAUGCUCGUACAACAAGUAUUUCUUUGUAGUACUUUGAUUGUCCACAGGACACGUGCAAUGAUGGCAAGAAGACCUUAACUGUGUCCAAACGCGUCCCAUACGGUGUUGUGCUUCUACUAAUCACGCGUUAGCUAUACAGGAAUUUCCAUCGACUAGGAUUCCUUGUUUAGAAAUGGAAUAUUUUCUUAGUUAGAGCAGAGGAAACCUGUUCUAAAUGUGCUUUUUAACAUGAUUAGAGACCUCUAGACAUGAAAUAACACCCCUAUAGUCACCUUUACACUCCUAUUACCCAAUACAGGAGACAUAAGAGAAAAUAAGACAUAAUAUAGACUCACAUGUUCACCUUCUUCAAUAGACUCACACGUCCACCUCCUUGUUUUCUGGACAGUACUUCCUGUGGGGGCUAUCGUCUCAUCAAUGUAACAUUACCGACACCUAGUGACCAGCGUAGAAUACUACAUAUCACGUCUCGGAAUGUCUUACAGUAUAUUUUGAUUUACUUCACUUAGCCAUUUUUAUGCUUGAAACGGCUUCAUUUAGGAACAAAAAAACAUCACAUUUGCUUCAAUACGCAUAUUUUUGGGCUAAUAAUAGGCCGUAUUCAACCAUGAAACUGUGAUUUAUUCAUGUUUGUUUGACAAGUGUGAUUGAAGCGAGUGAAGCCGUGAAAUUUGAAGCGCGAAGCGGCGAGGGAUUACUAUGCUGCGCGGGCUGAUUUAAAAAAAAAAAAAAAAAAAAAAAGAGCUGUGGGUGGAAAAUGUCCCUGGGGCUUGCAUCGGUUGUUCCAGCAUAUGGACGGUAUCGGCAUGGAGGCCUUAACGAGCUGAGAAUCCGAGUUAUUGUAAAGUAGUAAACGCUCACGUCUGACUGAGAAUAUUUUUGUCAGUUGAAACGGAUUCUUAACGCGUCCGUGUGUGUGUGUGUGUGUGUGUGUGUUUGUGUGUGUGCGCGCGCGCUACAUUGCUGCUGCUAUUGCUGUUGCUGCUACUUGUUGCUUCCUGGUGCACAUUUCUUUCUUAUCGCUGUUGAUUUUCCCUGCUUUUCUUCUGUCCACUCGGCGGUGGCGUGUACAUUUCCUGCAAGGAGUUUUGCAUGUUACAAUUACGUGUGUGUUGGUUUUGUUUUUUGUUUGUUUUGUUUUUUAAGGUGCCUCAUGUUCACGUUUGAGCAGACGACGGAGGAGUGAGGUCGAGCUGCGCCUUGGAAUCUUGACGGGACGCUUUCUUGUGGGCAGUUGCAGUAUCUUGCCUCAAGGGGGCAGUGUGACAUGUCAGUUCUCGUACAAAUGUGGCCUCAGUGUACAAGAGAGUCUAUUUUUGCAAUGUCACCUCAAAUCCUUUCCACAAAAUGUGUGUGUGUGUGUGUGUGUGUGUGUGGAGCAGACAUAGGAACCACUUGCACUCAAAAAAAAGCUCCCACCUUCGUUGUGCCUGACUUCCAACGGUGCUUUUCUGUUUGUUUGUAAGGUGCUGUAUAGAACUUGAAUAUAUAUGAUGCACAUGUCCUGCCCAAUGGGUAGAAAUGUUGUGAAUAAUGUCAUAUAUAUAUAUAUAUAUAUAUAUAUAUAUAUAUAAUGUACACACAAUAUAAGACUUUCAAGAAGGCAGUGGCACAUUUUUAAAAGGCCAAACAGUCAAAUGUGUGUGUGGUUUGUUUUUGUUUUUAUUUUAAAGACGGUAUGCUUAGAAUUUGCUUAGUUAAUAUUUUGCUCCAUACAGGGUGUCUCUAAAGUCCGGACAUAAAAUAUACAUAUAUACAAACGUUCAAUUUCAUUCACAAUGAAUUAGUAAACAUAUAUGUUUUAAUAAUUCAAAUGAAACAUUUACGACAGGGGUUCAAGGUAAUUAUCAGUAAGCCUGUCACGAUAAUUUGAUAAAGUGAUAAAUCAAACAAUAAGAAAAACAGCUGUAUAAUUAUGAGCCGUGGAUAAAUUGACGUGCAAGUGUGCGUGUGUUUCAUCUGCUCUUCUGUCUGUGGCACACAUGUUGGGCGACAAGAGGGUUCACUCUGCUUGUGUCUGUGCGCAUUGGUUGUAUAUUGCAAUGAACGGACAGAGUGAACCCUCAUCUCAUUCAGGUUCUUUGCGGAGGCGGGGCUACUAGUGAGUGGCUACAGAGUGCUAGCAGUUAGCCUCGUGAAGCAGCAUACGCUAACAUGAAUGCAGGCGCUGAGGCGAUGGUUUCAACAGCGACAGUGUGGGAACAUAUGGGUUUUAACUGAGGCGUUUAGUCGGCAAAUAUAAACAAAACAGUGAAAAUGGUGCGCGCUCACAGUGUCCCUGGCUACAUUGCGAAAACAUACUGUACAUACGGUACAGGCAACUUCUGUGUCAAAGCUCAUGUCUCACACACGUGCAAGUACACUAUACUUGAGUACCAUCUAGUGGUUCAAAUGUGAAUUACACCAUGAAAAUAAUGGUGUCAAAAAAUAAAGACAUCAAUUAUUGAUAAUUAGUAGCACAAUUAUCAACCGGCAAAAUGUAUCGUGACAGGCCUAAUUAUCAGGAUUUAUGACGUCAUACCGAUAAAUCCUACAACAUUAAAAAUAGCUCCUAUAACAGGUAAUUAAAAAAAAAAAAAACGCUCCAGAGGCGAGAUAUGGUGCGGGUGCACAAAUAAAGCGCUCCUUUUUCCUCCUGCCGGUGACAUUAACAGCCUGUUAUAACUUCCCCUGAGCUCACUUGUAAACAAACGUUCACUUUCCCAUGAAGAUAUUUCAUGUGCUAGUUGUGUACCAAAUGCUCUGUGAUGAGGGGGAAAAAACCCACAAAAAACCUCAUCGGCCACCUGAAACGCCAGCGCCAUGAUGUUUGAAAAGUGCAAAAGGUUUGCCGGAAACCUCCGUCGUGUCACACCGGCUACUCGGAGUGUGUGCCCGAAUACAGUCUACCUUGCUGGGCCACAGCAGGUGGCUCCUCCCCCUCUAUAUUCUGGUUCUCCUGAUAGUGGUGAUGUGGUAGUGGUAAUGUCAUAUUUCAUUAGGACAAAUCAACAAAUCCUAAUUUGCUGCAGUCCUUCUUGCCUCCAGGCGUGGACAAACUACACUUACAUCUCAAUAAAGUAGAUCUAAGAAAGUUAUCGGUACCAUAUCGGUCUUGAGAAGCAGAAAGUUAGUCUGUAUGGGUUUGUAAAAAAGAUGUGGUGCAUCUCUAAUUUUGAAAUAAUAUAAUAAAUAAACAAUUAAAAUGUAAAAAGUACCAUGUAUUUAUUUUUCAUAUCAAAUUCAGCUUUUUACAUUUUUGCUAACUGGAUAAUACAUGCAUUUUCCCCCUACGUGUCCAGACUUGUUUUGGGACACCCUGCACAACCGUGUAGUGACAAGGAUGAAAGGCCGAUUCCACACUUUUCCUUUUCUAAUAUUCUUUGCUUUUAAUAACACCGCAAAAAUGAUCUUUAAAGAAUGCAUUUAUGACACGCACACGCACACGCUCACAAGCUAGCCUCACCACAUUCCCCAAGACGGGGGUGUCCAGAGUGCCAUCCAUUGUCCGUCUGUAAACGCGCAACACUUACAUUUUUCGUGACUCAUUUGUAGAUUUGCAAAAUACAUAUUUUAUAACUCAACACAUUUUCUUGUGGGCAAAUGAUUUUUAUUCACGUUUAUUCAAAGUUUUUGAUUCUACAUCUAAAAAUUGAACUCAUUUUUGGCAAAUAUUAAAAAAUAUAUAUACAUAUACUGUAUAUAAUCGAUUUUUUUUUUAAUGAUCCUUGAAUAUCCAAAUCCAGGCGAAUAACAUUCUUCUAACUUUUCGAUACAGUAAUCCCUCCUUUAUGGCGGUUGGUAGGUUCCAGAAUGCAAAGUAGGAUUCCUUAUUUAUAAACCAAAUAUUUUUGUAGUUACAGCAUAGAAAACCUGUUCAUGACCUGCUGAACAGUUUUGAACAUGAUUAGAGCCCUCUAGACAUGAAAUAACACCCCUAUAGUCACCUUUACACUCCUAUUAGCCAACAUAGGAGACACAAGAGAAAAUAAGACAUAACAGACACACACAGGUUAGCAUUGAGAGUUUGUUUAUUUACUUCCUGUUUCUGUACAGUACUUCCUGUGGUGGCUACUGUCUCAUCGACACCUAGUGACCUGUGUAGGACACUACAUAUCACAGUCUUUGAAUGCGCCCUUUAUAAGGGGAUUUUACUGUCAUUCAACUGUCAUUUUUAUGCUUGCAAAUGCUUCAUUAGGCCAAAAACAUGUAAAAUUUGCUUGAAUAUGCAUAUUUUUGACCGUGCUCAGCGCCAAGCGACGAGGGAUUACUGUAGUUUCCUUUUCCGUGUGGCGCUAAUCAUCCUUGGAAGUGUUCUGAUUUUGGCCAUUUUUAUGUUUUUUUUUUGUUUGUAUUUCUAAAUAAGCGCCAGGUCAGAAAUGGCCCCCGGGCCGGACUCUGGACACCCCGGUCUACGCAGAAUGCCCCGUCUCCCCACGGAAAAAGGGCUCAUUCUCUUCUCGUGUGUGUGUGAAAAUGAAAGCUAACCCAUCGUACGCGUUUCCUUCCCUCCUGUAUUAUUUUCUACCCCCUGCUGUAAAAGACUGGCUUCAUAUUUGAGUGUUGACGUCCUUUAAAGACAACACAGCAGUGCAUUAUUUCCUCUUCAGAGCACCAAAUAAAUGGCA